CACAAGUGAGAAUCACAGAGCAGUAGAGCACGUUCUUCCACUUACCGAAACCUCUAAAACAAAAAAGAGAGAGAGAUGAGAGAACAAGUAAAACAAGUUGUCCCCGCUUUGUUUCUCCUACUCUUUCUUAAGGUUCGGUUCUCCAAUCAGUCUUUGCUGCCACUAGUAGAUCGUGAUCAGAGGAGUAUGUUGGCUGAUUUCAGGGCAGACCCGUUCCGAGUGUUGGAACAUAUCCCAUUUUGUCUCCACAGGGGUUUCUGGGCAGACCCGUUGCGAGUGUGGGAACAUAUCCCAUGUGCACUCGACAGGGACGACAAGACUGACAAGUUCAACUGGAAGGAGACACCAAAAGGUCACGUUAUCAUGCUGGACAUGCCGGGGUUGAAGGAGAAGGAGCUAAAGAUCGAAGUGGAGAACCGGGUGCUGAGAGUAAGCGGAGAGAGGAAGAGGGAAGAUGAGAAGAAAGGGGAUCAUUGGCACCGGGUGGGGAUGUCGUAUGGCAAGUUUUGGAGGCAGUUCCAGUUGCCGGAGAACGUGGACUUGGAUUCUGUUAAGGCCAAGUUGGAGAAUGGGGUGCUCACUUUGUCAUUGGCCAGGUUGUCCCCCGACAAGAUCAAGGUUCCCAAGGUAGUUAGCAUUACUGGAGAAGAGGACCAUGAACCUGCUAAGCCCUGGAGCGGUGAGGCUGAGGCCAAGCAGGAGCUCUAAACUUUUUAACAUCUUUUGAGUUACCGCACUAUGUUUGUGGCUUGUGAGUGAAUAAAGGGUUUCACUUGAUCUUGAUCUUUCUUCUUCUUUUUUUUUUUUUGUUGUGUUGUUAAAGCGUCUGAUCGAUGAUCGAUGUAAUCUAUCUCUUCUACUUUCUACUAAAAUUAACUUAUAUAUAUGUGGUUAAUUAGCAAUUCCUUAA